AUGACAGUAGACUUAGGUUUCGUAGAGAAAUGCGAAUCUUGGCAAUUAGAAAGCAGAUUUUUCCCAAGCAAAGUCGGCGGUAAACCAGCCUGGCUUGAUUUAAAAAACAUACCCGGAGAGAAGGAUCUUUUGUGCAAGUAUUGCAAAGAACCUUGUAUCUUUUUAUGUCAAAUCUACGCACCAUACGAGGAUAACGAAGAUGCCUUUCAUAGAACGAUAUUUGUCUUUAUAUGUAAAAAAGUCGAAUGCUCAAAAUUGAAUGAGAAUGGAAAUUUAAAAGUCUUUCGUUCCCAACUACCGAGGAUAAACGAAUUUUAUUCAAGCGAACCUCCUGUAGAACAGAACGACUGGAGGACUGAUAUUGGUGUAAACAAGUGGGUAAAAACAUGUCACAUCUGUGGAAUAUUAGCACUUAGUCAUUGUUCUAAAUGUAAGAUUGUUAAUUAUUGUUGUCGUGCUCAUCAAGUAUAUGACUGGAAGCAUGGGCAUAAAGAGACUUGCAGCAGUAAUAAAAUAGUAAUGAAAAAACCUGAAAUCUUGUUUACCGAAUAUGAAAUAGUAAUAGAAACGGAAGACAAAGAAGAUGCAAAUAAUACAGAUACAGAUUUAAUCAAAGAAAAAGAAGAGAUUAAAAAGUACGAAACAAUGGUACAGAAAGGUGAAGCAGGAAGUUUUCAAAAUGAAGAUGUACAAAAUGAAUUGUUAAAUAUGGUUAAUCAGAAAGAAGACAAAAUAUUUUCCAAAUUCCUUUCGACUAUUGAUAAAUAUCCAAAUCAAAUAUUAAGAUACAGUAGAGGUGGCAAUGUUUUAUACAUUUCAGGAGAGAGUAAAACUGAUGAAAUACCAAGGUGUUCAGAAUGCAAUGGAGAGAGGCAAUUUGAAUUUCAGAUUAUGCCUCAAUUAUUGAACUUCUUAGAGCUUGGAAAUCCACUAAAAUGUAUUGAUUGGGGCAUUUUAGUAGUAUUUACUUGUAUAAGAUCAUGCGUACCUAAAAAUGGAUAUAGUAUAGAAUAUAUAUGGAAGCAAGACAUCAUAGAAAGUGAUUGUGAUAAAAAUUCAAAAGAGUCGAACACAAAUUAAAAUAUAACAACAUAAAAGCUACAAUUACCUUGUAGAAUAAUUUUAAUGGACCAAAAUAAAAUACAUGGUUAUUUUAA